CAAACGCCAUUCUCGUUUCUCCAAGCUUUGCAAAAAGCCAAAACCAAAAAAAUAACACGAGAAGCAUCAUCAUCGUCUCUGAACUAUACUGUUACGGCACGAUAUGACGAGAUUACCCUUCUUCUUCUUCGUCCUCCUCCUCCUCUUCGCCGCAGGUUUCAUCACCCGCACGACGGCGGAGAUCAAGUCACUCACAAUCUCCGACGACUCUAGGCCGAUGAUUCUCUUCGAAAAAUUCGGAUUCACUCAGUCCGGCCACGUUAGCGUCUCUGUUUCCUCCGUAUCAGUAGUAUCUUCUUCCUCUGUUCCGAUCCCGGAUCCUUCGAGGCUAGGGUUCUUCCUCAUGUCAGAUGAAUCGCUUCUCCAAGUAGUCUUAGAGAUCCAGCAAAACCCUAACUUCUGUGUACUCGAUUCCAAUUACGUCCUCCAUCUCUUCACAUUCCACGAUCUCUCUCCUCCGCCUGGCUCCAAAUACGAGCACUUGUACCCGGUUAAUUCUCCCAACGAGUACUCUCUCUUCUUCGUGAACUGCGUACCGGAAACCAAAAUUUCGAUGAAGGUUCGAACGGAGAUGUACAAUUUAGAUCCGAACGGGUCUAAGGAUUACCUCCCUGCCGGGUCAACCCGAUUACCCGGAUUGUAUUUCUUCUUCUCACUCGGCUACUUAGCUUUCCUUGGUCUCUGGGGUUAUGCUUGUUUUAUCAAUAAAAGAGUUGUUCAUAGGAUUCAUGUUCUCAUGGCGGCUUUGCUUCUGAUGAAGGCUUUGAAUCUGAUCUGUGCCGCUGAGGAUAAGCACUACGUGAAAGUCACUGGUACUCCUCACGGCUGGGAUGUCUUAUUCUACAUUUUCCAGUUUAUUCGUGUUGUUCUUCUCUUCACUGUGAUUGUGUUGAUCGGUACUGGUUGGUCCUUCUUGAAACCGUUUUUACAAGAGAAAGAGAAGAACGUGUUGAUGGUUGUUGUUCCACUUCAGGUUUUGGCUAACAUAGCUUCCAUUGUGAUUGGUGAGACUGGACCUUUCAUCAAAGAUUGGGUAACUUGGAAUCAGAUAUUCUUGCUUGUAGAUAUAGUUUGCUGUUGUGCAAUCUUAUUCCCCAUUGUCUGGUCUAUACGUUCGUUGAGAGAGACUUCGAAAACUGAUGGGAAAGCAGCUAGGAACUUGGCGAAAUUGACUCUAUUUAGACAGUUCUACAUUGUUGUUAUUGGGUAUUUGUACUUUACGAGGAUUGUAGUGUUUGCGUUGAAGACUAUCGCAGCUUAUAAGUAUCAGUGGGUGAGCAAUGCGGCUGAGGAGAUUGCAAGUUUAGCGUUUUACAUGUUGAUGUUCUAUAUGUUUAGGCCGGUUGAGAAGAAUGAGUAUUUCGUUUUAGAUGAAGAAGAAGAGGAAGCUGCAGAAUUGGCCUUGAAGGAGGAUGAUUUUGAACUCUGAGACAGAUCAAGGAGUAUCAGCAGUGAGGACGUUCGCAUUUUCUUUCUCUUUUUGAUUUUUUUUUUAAACUUCAGAAGUAGUUUACUCGCAAAAGGUAAUAACUGUACUGUGUAUUGCUCUCGUAUAUGGUAAAAGCUUUUGUUUGUACUAAGACUUAUUUGCUAGUAAGGAGAAGAUCAGUGCCUCUGCUGUUUGGUACAUGUAUUGUC